GAAAAAGUGUUCCUUAUUCAAUCUUGACUGGGUGUAUUUUCAGGAUUUCAUCUUCUAUGCAGAUUUACUGAGACUAUUCAUACAACUGCAAGAAAUAGUGACUUUUUGAUAUACUAUCAGAUCAUAUUCAAAUAUGCCCCCCACAUCUCAGAGUCGCUCUCAGCGAACUGUUGAAACUCGCUGGAACAGAAUUUGCAGCUGCAAGGACGAGCUGCUUACACACGAUCAAUGUGCCCAGAUGGGAGUACAAGUCACCCGUCUCGAACUCGAGACUACUCGUCUUGCACACGAAACUGAGCCUAUUACUGAUUCUAGCUCCGAUUCUAGCCCUGCUUCUGGAGAAGUGCUUAUACCAACUGCUGCCUCCUACUUCGAACCACUAACGGACAAAUUUAUGUUAGAUCAUCCUGUGGACUCGGACCGGGUUCAAAAGAUAUCGAAGGAGGAUCCGGAUUUUCUUGUCUUGAGGAACUACGAUCCCGAGGCUGCUAUAGCAGAAGAGAGGACACCGGGAUUUCGCCAGAAGUAUUGGCGCCCAAGUGAAUGUCUUUUGGAGGUUAUAUCUGUCUUAAAGGACCAUAUCUUCCGUGUACCACGAAAGAGCGAUCGAGGCUAUAUUGGGCAAUCCCUGAUAGACAUUGUCGAUUGGAUUAAUGUCAAUCACGAAGUCGCAUUAUCGCAAGCAUUUUAUCUACCGUCGCGGAAUCUUCAAGACAGUAUACACCCGGUUAGGCUCCUCUUCGAGGUUAAAGACUACAUAUACCCACACGUUACCAUGGCUGUUCAACAUAACAUCAAAGAGACUAUAAACGAUAACCUAAUACUGCGCCAUGAGCUGGCUUAUAUUCUGCAAGUGAUGAGAACCCGUCUGAACGAAAAUUUAUUUGAUAAGCAGCCGCAACCGGUUCUAAUGUUAUCAUUUGUUGCCCCUCAGCAUGGUCGAAUCUUAGAAGCCUACAUUGAGGACCAAUAUAGGGUCAAGGUGGCAUCCAGCCGUCUGUAUAGUUUUGAGAAGAACUCAGCAGCGCCUUUUGAGCUGUUUUAUCGCUGGUUCCUUGGCCGGCCCAUUGGUGUAGGACGGUCGCAACCAAGACCACAACCGGAUUUUUGUUCUCUCGGAAGUGAGUCAGAGGAAACUGAAGAUGCUUGAUUAAGGAUCGAUCUAGGGAGAUGCUCUAGCGGGCCUUCUAGCUAAAUAUCUACCUAGGUAGUUAACUAGUUAGUAGUUAGUUAGUUAGUUAGUUAGUUAACUCCUGAGCUGAUUAAGCACCUGGCUAGUGGCAGGAGACCGUAGCAUUAGAGGGCCCUAGGGAUCUGAAAUGUUCAGAACCUCACGAUGGCAUACAUGGAACAGAUUGGAUUGCUUGAGUUGGACAGUUUUGUGCGAAGUGAAAUGAUAGAGCGCUUCUAGUCAUGUUAUCUAGAAAUGCAAUUCUGGUGCUAA